AUGCUGCGGCUUGCACAUGUCGGCGUCGUGGCCGCUGCCGCUGCCUCUGUUUCCGCUGGUACUACUGCCACCGCUCUUGUCGCCGGAAGCCAGCACCGCUGCUUGAAGAGCGGAGAGGCGCCGAAUGUUCUCCCGCCUCAGUCAAAGCAGGCCCUCCAUAGUCUUUAUCGUCGUCUCCGCAAAGAGGGAGAGGAGCGGGGAAUGAUGGAACGGGCUCUCUCCGUGCACCCGCUGGAGACGAACAUCAAGAUGGGCCUGCGUCUUUUGCGUUACCGGACAAUGUUGGUGAACAUUGACAGAGAGGCUUCUGAGGUGGCGUUCUGGCGUUUAGUGCGCCGUAUGCGCCUGGGAGCAGCCCGGCGCUACUUUGCGUGGCGUAUUUUUUUAAUCCGUCUUCGGUUGCGGAGCUCCGCUGCUAUCAGUGACGCGUUGGUGUAUGCCCUCUUCCUAGUGGUGUGCUUCAUGUUGUACCAGAUCUACAGAGUGUGCCGCAUUGGCGUGACACGCGCGGAGGAUCGCUACCGGACGUUAGCCGUUCCUAUCGUGCAGACCUUUGACGCUAUUGAGCAGGCGCAGCAGCGUCAGAAGCUUCGACAGGAGAUGGAAAACGAUAUGAUACGGCAGCGAUAG